AUGCGGCGAAGGAGAGACUCUGAUUAUCACCGCACGAAUCGGGCCUCAAGAUACUCACGCUAUGAACGGUCCAGAUCACCCCGUGACCGCUCGCCUGACCGAUUUGACCGAACUCCGCAGUAUAACGACGGAGACAGACGCCGACCGUCUGACGCCCGAGCAGGUAAUGGCGGUUUUCAGCCAGGACGUGAUUUUGGUGACCCAUUACGACGCGAACCACCUCGCGGACCAAAAGCCUUGAUCGAUGCGCCUAGUGGCCCUCGAGGCGGAGGAUUCGGAGGAGAGUUCCGCGGUGGUCGUGGACGAGGGCGCGGUCGUGGAUGGUCUUCAAGAGACGACAGCCGAGAUCGAGGUCGAGAUAGGGACAUCGAUUUCCGUGACCGUUACCAUGAUGAUCGAAGCCGUGAACGCGACCGAGAUCGCGAGCGCGAUAGGGAAUGGCGUGAGCCAAGGGAUUUCAGAUCACGACGCUCACCUAUCGGCCGUGCAAGGUCACCAACAAGAGAUUUUCGAGACCGCGAUGGCCCCUUGGGGGUAGAUGCCGAUAGAUCUCGACGCGGUUCAAGAGAUGGAGGUCCUCCCUCAGCAGGAUCAUCUUCCUCCGAUCCCCAAUUCGGCAUGGCACCCUACCCUCGCGGUGGGGGCUUCCACAGAGGACGAGGUCGUGGGAGAGGUGACUGGUCUUCGGAGCGAGGUCGCGGCAGAGGGCCUUAUAUGGAUGAUAGAGGUGAUCGCUACCCACGCAGUCGGUCUCAGGAGGGUCGCUGGGCAAGGGACCGUGAUGACAGAGACAGGACGGACCGGAUGGAUCGCUAUGCUGACCCAGAUACCCGGCGAGACACUCGAGAUGAUCGCGACCCUCGUGACCGCGAACUGUUCCGAAAUAAAUUAGAGGCUCGUGCCAAUGCCGGACAGGACUCGGGACUUUCCAGCAAAGAGGUAUCACCGCCUCCUGCCGCACCUUCUGCAUCUGCUUUCGGACCCGUUCCUAAUCGAGGACUGAGUGUUGGAGAGGGAUAUGUUUCGGCCAGCGCUGCAACAAAAAUCCCCCCGACAGCCCCCCGCGCUUUCAAUGAUCGCCCCCCGUCAGCUGGACACGACCCAACAAUGCCGUCAGUCGGUCUUGGGAAAGGCAUGAUGCAUGAUGGCCCCUCGAUUCCUGUUGGUCCCAGAGCCCAGCAGCCACCACCACCAAGGCCUUCUAGCAAGCAGUGGAUCAAUCCCAAUCUAAAGAAGGGGCCUGACUCUCCCAAGUUGAUGAGGUCACCAAGUUUUGUGCAACAACGACCACCCUUACGACGCGGCAGCUCCCAGUAUGAUCAUUAUCACGAUGAUGAAAGGCGGCCACGUAGUAGCGAUGCGAAGUCGGAACCACAUUACGAUAAUCGUGCGCGAACUAAUUAUAGCGCGGAACCUGGAGAAAUCACCGUCAAGUCCGAACGGGAGUCUCAAUCUGCAAGGGCAUCGAUGGAUAGAGACACACGACCUACUAAUGCUUUCGGACGGGAUUCUUAUCGAUCCGGCCCUUCACCGACCAUGGAGAACAUGCCUAGGUUUGGCCAGGAGUCAGAAAUACGCGCAAGGGACCCAAGAGAAGCUCCGAAGGAAGCGCCCCGAAGAAAGCGUUCGCAACCAAUAAUCAGAGCCUUGAGGUUCGAAGUUCCCCCGAAACCAGCACCUGUGGAACAGAACUCUGAAUCUGACGACGAUGAUGAUAUGGCCGACUAUUUCGAUAUGGAGAUUGGGAAGACAGAGGCUGAACUAAGAAAACUGGAAAAACCAAAGUUGCCAGCUCAAGUCAUGGCACGGUUUGCAGCUCUGUCUCACGGCUCAAUGGUCAAGAUAAUCGGGGAAGGAGAGGGACUGCUCAAAAUGGUGAAAAAGCUACCAGAGGCACUGAAUAAGCGCGUCAUUGAAAAGAUACACGACCCGAAACGUAUGGAGGAGGCAAAGGAAGAUGUAGAAAUGGCCGACGCGGUUGACAGCACAGACAAAGCUGAUUCCGAACCACCAAAGCAACUGCACCAGGAGGUACAGGCCGAGCUGGAUCCUGAGCCCGAACAUUCAAUUCAAGUCAAGGGUUCUGAGGAGCCUGUUGAAGCUGCUCCCGCUCCAGAAUCCACGGCACAAGGUGGUCCGGAGAGUACCGAAAGGCCCAUCGAACAUGCUGCAAAGGCAGCUGGCGGGAAGAUUGAUGACAGUUCCCACGAAGAGGCCGCUCUGAGUCUUGAUAAAACGCCCAAUCAAAGUCGUAUCGAGAAGUCUAACGAACAACGUACCGAGAAACUUGUCGAGCAGCCCAUCGAAGAGUCUUUCGGAAAGCCUACUGAAGAAACGGAAGAGAAUCAUACAGAAAAACCUGCACCAAAGGCCGAGAAGGAGGAUACCGAGAUGUCUAUUGCACCCGAGCUUGAACCAAACUCAGGAGCCAUGGAUAUCGACGAGCCUCCUACUGAGACCGACCAAGUCGCACCCGAUUGUCCGCCACCUCCUUCCAACAAGAAGGCCGUGGAAAUGCCUUACAUAGCAAAUGAGACUGCGCCUAUAGAGUCACUUGAGCCUCAGAAGACGGAACGAACACCUCUGGGGGUGUCUGAGGAUUCCCACAAGGAGACGUCUGACAAGGACAAGCCAAUUGACAUAACUGCAGAGACGAAUGGUGUACAGCAUACACAAACGCCGGUGGCAAAACCAACCGAAGCCCUCCUUGAGCCUACUCCGGCAAACCCAGAUAAUGCUAUUUCGGAGAAACAUACAGAACCUUUUACUAAGCUUCACCCCGAGAACCUAACAGAGAACGCUCAAGCUCUUGGACAUGGACAGGUCGCAGUUGAAGGUGCUCCUGUUUCUGUGGUAUGCCCCAAUGUGGUUUUGCAAACGACGGAAACGGCAUCAAAACCACCUAGUACACCGUCACAGGUCGACGACGACGAGACUGAGUCUGAAGAUGAUUCUUUUUUGAACCUCGAUACCGUUCGACAGUAUAUGACCACGCCUCCAAUCGAUAGUCUACCUGACUACAGCUGUAUGCCUUGGGAUAAAGAUAGUACUUUCUUAAAGACCCUCGACUCCAGCAUUGCAUUGGAUGAGUUUGUGGUCGAACACCUCGACAAGAUGCAUUUAGAGAAGUCAGCUGAACAGGACCACGACAGAAAGAUCUAUAAGGACAACUACGAACGGUACCUAGAUUUUACAAUGUCGAAUGACCCAGCGGCUGUCAAAAGCCGUGGAAAGUUCUCAGUGUCGACAGGUAUUGAAAUUACAGGCACCGUAACGCCUGAACCAAAACAUGAAGGAAGUGGUCGUGGACGACGUUUCGCAACUGAAAGAGACUUGGAACGAGUUCUACAAGCAUCAAUGCGCGAGGACGAGGAGAGGAAAGAGCGCGAACUUAGAAUGCAGCAGGAGAAGUAUCGCACGGAUAAGGAAGCCAUCAUUCCGAACAUGAUUUGGAACCAGGAAGAGAAGGACAACACCAAAUACCUCGAUAAGAGCGGAUUCACGCCUGUUGACCGACUGGUAUCAGCAUGGCGGGUUUUACCUCCAGUUAAUAACUUCACUGAGGAAGAAGCCGGCUUGUUUGAGAAGAGAUACUUGGAAGCACCUAAGCAAUGGGGUCGGGUUGCCGAAGCGAUUCCACAUCGUGAUUUCGGUUCUUGCAUUCAGUAUUACUACAUGAACAAGAAGGACCUUAAUCUGAAGGAGAAACUCAAGAAGCAGCCUAAGAGGCGCAGAAAGGGCAAAGCGAAGCAACGAUCUAGUGCAUUGGUGUCGGAACUUGGCAACGGAGAUGGAGAAACGGAGGAGACCCACGACACAGGAGAAAAUGGCGAGAGGCGACGACCACGACGAGCGGCCGCGCCUACAUGGGGCUUCGAACAGCCUCCAGUUGACACAGAGAACUCGACACCUAAUGCGACACCGGGUAGACGUGGCGGGUCCGCGAAGGUCGACCAUCCCGAAAAGGUUGAUGGAAGAAAGAGGCGAAGAGGCCCAAAGGAAAAGGAGCCCAAGGCAGCCAAGGCGAACCAAACGUUGGCCGCAGCCCCUGGGCCUGGCAAGGGACGAUCGAGGUCAAACUCCAGAGCGCUCAAUACCGAUGGUCCUUCAACUCCACUCCCAGCCGCUGAAUCCCAUCGUCACCCAGGUCAGUUCGAGCAGCACCCUGCUGGUAUGCAGCUCCCUUUCCCCGUACAGCAGCAGCAGCAGCAGCCACAACAGCCUAUCCAAACCCUCGAACGACAGCAGUCAGUUGCUCCAUCCUCCAUCUCCGAAGUCAUGGCAGCGCCUUCACUUCGGCCUGACCCACCGCCUCAGCCUGCAAUGGCUACAUUCAACCUAGCCCACCCGCCGUCAGAACGCAAGGCGCCUACUCAGGCAUCUAGCUACUGGAGUGUGUCUGAAUCUAAUGACUUCCCGCUCCUUCUGCGCUCGUUCGGCUCGGAUUGGACAGGGAUCGCAGCCCAUAUGGGCUCCAAGACCGCCGUCAUGGUGAAAAAUUACUUCGUCCGUCAAAAGGAUCAGGGCAAGGCCGAGUGGGAGGUGCUUGUCCAGGAAGCUGACAGGAAGAGAGCUGUAGGUGACAAGUUGCCUGAUCCUCCACAGCCAUCAACAGGCGGGCGAGGGCGGCGGUAUGACAGUUCAGCUGCAGCUUCUCGGCCGUUGGCUGUUGCCCCAGGUAUCGAUCUGCACGCAGAGACGUCGCAGCCCAAGAUGGAGCCGUCAGGCCAACCCCCUCGUGUUCAACCUUUUGGCAUGUAUGGCAGCCCCAUCGCCCAAGCGCCUAUCACGCAGCAACCGCUUGUUCAACCCCAACAGCAACCCAUGCCUGUUGGACAACAUUCAACUACCCAGCCAGUAACUCGGACUAUGUCCCCAGGUCCAAGGCCUUUGAGAGCACCUGUACGGCAAUUCGGAUUCCCUGACGGCGAGCGCGAGCGCGAGC